AUGGGUUCUACUGAAGAACCAUCCACGGCAAUAUCAAACCUAAACAAACCCCCCGGAAUCCGGUUUGCCGAACACAUCAAGAAAUCGAAAAUCUCGUACAAAACCCAUCAAGCCAUCGUCCUAGUCAUCACCUUUAUCGCCUACCUAACCUAUCACGCCACCCGUAAAACCACCAGCAUAGUCAAGAGCGCCCUCGACCCGCAAUCCCCGAAUGUUGACCUAAAAUCCCCCUUCUCGUGGGUCUUUUCGCGCCCGUGGAUUCUCGGAGCUGGGUGGGCCCCGUUUAACGGGCCCAAUGGGACCUCGCUUCUCGGUGAGGUAGACGUUGCCUUUCUAUUCGUGUACGCCGUGGGAAUGUACUUCUCGGGCCACGUGGGAGAUCGAGUGGACCUUAGGGUGUUUCUCACUAUAGGGAUGGUCGGGACCGGUUUGUUUACUUCCCUUUUUGGGGUCGGGUAUUGGGCAAACGUACAUUUGUAUUACUAUUAUUUAAUUGUUCAGAUGGUGGCCGGCUUGUUCCAGUCCACCGGGUGGCCUUCGGUGGUAGCGGUGGUCGGGAACUGGUUCGGAAAGAGAAGGAGAGGGGUCAUUAUGGGGAUUUGGAAUUCCCACACGUCUAUAGGAAACAUAAUAGGCUCGGUUGUUGCUUCGUUUUUGUUGAAGUACGGGUGGGGUUGGUCCAUGGUGGUCCCCGGGCUUGGCAUUGCCUUUGUCGGGAUAUUGGUCUUCCUUUUUUUGGCCGUUAGUCCUCAGUUUGUCGGAGCCGACUUGGACGAGGAAGAUGAUUUGUCGAUGUCGUCACCAAAGAAGUCUCUUUUGAGGUCAAAGUCGAAUGACAUGGACGCUGUCGGGUUUUUAGAGGCGUGGAGGAUACCUGGAGUCGCCUCGUUUUCGUUGUGCCUUUUCUUCUCGAAAUUGGUGGCUUACACGUUCCUCUACUGGCUCCCAUUCUACAUUAGCCACACCGCAAUCGAUGGUAGAUACUUGGCGAACGAGGAGGCCGGGAACCUAUCGACCCUAUUCGACUUGGGAGGGGUAAUCGGGGGUAUUCUCGCGGGCCACAUUUCUGACCGUCUAAACGCCCGAGCCAUAACAGCUGCAAGUUUCACUUACUGCACAAUCCCGGCUCUCUUCUUGUACAGGAGCCACGGCCACGUGUCGAUGGGCCUGAACGCAACCCUCAUGGUAGUAACGGGUGUGUUUGUGAACGGGCCGUAUGCACUCAUCACGACAGCUGUAUCGGCUGACCUGGGGACCCACAGCUGCCUGAAAGGGAACUCGCGGGCUAUGGCCACGGUUACGGCCAUUAUAGACGGGACGGGCUCGAUUGGGGCAGCCGUGGGCCCCCUGCUGACUGGUUACGUGUCGGGAAGGAGCUGGAGCGCAGUUUUCACGAUGCUGAUGGGGGCGGCAUUGGUGGCAGGGCUGCUGCUGACGAGGCUGGUCGUCGAUGAGGUGGGCGCCAAGAUUCGGGGGCAGAGGACAGCUGUACUGGAGGUAUGA